AUGAAUCCCAAAAGGAUACUGCUCCUUUUAACCACAGUAGCCCUCUCGACUGCAGUCCCUUUCUCCCAGCAACAGACCCCAGUCUCAACCCCAACCAAACAAUCCGCACACCCAGCGCAGAGCUCCAUGUUCGCUGCCUUGGCUUCUGCCUCACCAGAAGCAAACAACGGCACCUGCCCAGACACCCACCGGUCCAAGCAAUGCUGUCAAAGCAUCGACUCCAUCGGAGAUGAGAUCACCAAGGGAUUGGGCCAGCUUGUUCCAGUGUUAAACGGGGCAAAGUUGUCAAGUAUCUUGUCGCUUGAUUGUCAAGCAAUGUCUGAUACAGAUCCGAACGAAAAUUGUACAAAAGACGUUAUGUGUUGUACUGGAUCGCCAGAGGACAAGGGAGAUAGCCUAGCCAGAUCAUGUGAACCGUACGAUAAAGCAAUGAAGGAUAUGCAGGAAGCUCUGGAGAAGAAUAGGCAGCGGCCUCUUGAGCAGGCGAUGAGUUGGGCGGCUAUGACUAGUUCGAUGCUGGCGGCGGCGUCCUCGUCGUCUGUGGCGGCGGCUUCUUCGUCUCCUAGAUUGGCUUCAAGCGGGGUGCAUGCUGUGCCUACGGGUCAUUAG